AUGAGCUACGGCCGGCUGCAUGUUCCGAUCGUGCUGGGCUCACUGCGGGAUCGCUGGUGCGUAGCGCUGAAGCCUCCCGGCUUUGCUGCUGCGGCCGCCCAUCCCACGCCUUCUUUGGAAGCCACGCUGAAGCCUUUCCUUCGGCGGGAGCGUUCUAUCUCGUUCCCUAUCAGACCCCAGAAGGACGCGGAGGGGCUGGCCUUUGUGACGACGGAUGAUGGGAUGCGCAAGUGGAUCGACGAGAUGUUGCGACGAGGUCUGGUUCGCAGUCGCUACCGGGUCUUGGCCGACGUCGCAGCCAGAAGUGGCCCUCUCCUUGCAGACGGCAGAUUUCUGGAGUCCGGCAACCUGCAAGCAGGUGAUGGUAAGUCGGACAGCUUCGAGUUCGAGCUCUACAGCGGCCCAACGACAUGUCCGGCUGACGAGACGAUCAUCACCGCGUUGUACUUGGUGAAGGGGACGCCGUCUACGAAGGUGGCCCAUAAGAUCCGGCGCAGCUUCUGGGAAGGAGGUGCCCCUGUGCUGUACGAUCCCGUGUUUCACACACCCCCACGCCCUGUUGAUACGGACGAUGCGAUGUUGGAGGACACAGGUCUCUGCAGAGGUGCUCUGGCAAUGCAGCUCUUCGAGCUGGAGAUGCCUGACCCCUUCCGCUCUUGGGAGACUCUUCGCAUCACUGCCAAGGUGCCAAAGGCGUGGCUUCAAGUCCAUCCUCUUCCAGAGUUCACGGAGAAUCAGGCGUUGAUGCAGAUGUGGAAGAGCAAUGCGUCUGGCUUGGCGUUGGAGCGCUCCCACACCAACCUGACCAGCUUGAGCGAAGCCGCCGAUUUUCCUUCUCCUGGCCUUAGCCACGUUCCUUCGCUCGGCGAGAUUCAAGAAGAGUGUUCCAAUCACAGCGAAAAGGACGAUCGCCUUCGUGCUUGCUCCUUUAACUCCGAGGAGCAGCCGACACCGCAGGAACCUGAGAAAGAACAAGAACCUGGACAAAUCGUGCCUGUUCCACGGGCGCCCUUGGGGCCCCCAAUUGGCGGGCCAGUGGGACCGUUCAUAUCGGGACCUGGUCCAGAGCUGCCAGUCAAGGCGCCGCCGUCCCAUGGCAUUUCCGCGAAAAUGCCGCCACCGCAAUUUGAAGUAGUGUCGGGUGGCGUCAUCGGUGUAAAAAUGCCGCCAGUUGGCCCUCCACCGCUUGCUCCUCCACAGAUGUUGUCAACUUCUCUGCCAGUCCUUCCUCCCGGCCUGGGUUUGGCCCCGCCGGUUGGGCCACUGCCAGCCGUCUUGCUGCAACCGCCGCCGGAGCAGCCACCUGCAGGCUUGCUGGCAGCUGUGGAUGCCGCAGUGGUGCGUGCAGGUGCUCCCGGAACAGUGCCGGCGGGACCUGUUGAGAAGUUGGAAUGGCAGGCGCACACGUCGCCUGAGGGUAUCCCGUUCUUCUUUUGCAAGAAGACCGGUGAGUCAAGAUGGGUGCGGCCAUGUGGGCCAGGCGACACCAUCGUGGAAGCCAAAGCGGAAGAGGUGCGAAAGGAGCCGAAGGCCGGGUCACUGAAGGACAAGCUCGGUGAGCCCGAAACUUGGGAAAGCAUUGGGAAGACAGGAUGGACACGAGUUGAAACGGACAAGGGGUACACAUAUUUCUACCACAAGAAGCAGAAAAAGACCUCAUGGACUUGUCCACCCGAGAUAGCGAAGGAGGUGGCAGCGUUGGAUGGAAGCUUGGGGGCUGCAGACGGGGAGGAAAACAAAGAGGUGGAGGAUGGCAAGGAGGGGGGUGCUGAAGAGACACGGGAUGCGGCGCAGACCGAGCCCGCUGAUGGGGACGAAGAAGGACCCAAGAAGCAGACGCGUGCAGAGCGGGCAGAGAAGCGGGCACAUCAGGUGGAAGAGGAGCAGAAAGCUUCCAAGGAGAAGGACAAGCUGCGGAACUUCAAGCAGCUUCUGGUGGAGAAAGGUGUUCGGGCCUUUGACAAGUACGACAAAUGGGUUCCCAAACUGAUGCAUGACCCUCGUUUCACAGCAGUAACUAGCCUCAAGGAAAGAAGGCUCCUUUUCGAGAUGCUUGCGAAAAAGAUCGAAACAGAGAAGCGCAAGACACAGGCCGUCUGCAAGAGUCGAGGGCGAGAAGCCUUCAAAGAGCUGGUGGACAAAGCCGACCAGUUAGACUUGCUUGCAGGGAGAACGGUUGAGAAGGCGCUGGCUAGCAUGGAACGUCGCUUCGGCGAUGAGGCGCAAUGGGAUGCCGUGCCGGAACGCGAUCGGGAGCGCAUGGUUGCAGAGGCGGUUGCGGAGGCCACCAAGAGAGUGGAGAAGCAGAAGGAGGAGGCGCGGGCGAAAUUCCGCGCUGCGGUGACCGAGGGCCUACGGGGCAAGGAGGAGGACCCUCCAGCUUUCUCCAAGGCCAGACGGUGGCUGGAGCACGACCCUUCCUGGGAACAGCUGGGGUCUACGGAGCGCGAGAACCUCUAUGGCCGUCUGGCCCGUGAAAUGAAGGAUGCCAAGAGAAAGCAGGACGCCAAGAAGCGGGAGGUGCAGCAGGAGUUGGAGGAAGCCCGCAAGAAGCGGAAGCUCGGAGAGGCGGAGGAGAAGAUCUUCAGCGUUUUGUCGGAGCGCAUGAAGAACCCAUUCAGCAUGACCUGGGAAGAGGCAAAGCCGGAGGUGCAAGAACUGCAGCUGCAGAAGACCUUCGGCUUGAGGGACAAUGAGCUUGAGCAGCUUUGGCUAGACUACCAACGGAGGGCCAUAGACGCCCGAAGAGAGGCCUGGCUGUGUAUUCUGGAUUCUGCCGGCUUCGAAGUUAUCGGGCCAGAGCUGGAAUUCGAGGAGGUUGUCCAGAGAGCCUUCGAUGCAAAGACGGACGUGGCCACGCAGAAGGCAUUCGAAGGCAUGCCCGAGGAUGUGCUGAAGGAAAGUUGGAAGCAGUGGCGAGAGCGUGCCUACGAGCUGGCAGUGGAAGACUGUCAGCAGUGGCUACGCACCUGCCAGCACCUGCGGGGCUGCGAAGAUGUAGAGCCCACUGGUGGUGAUGAUUUCGAUCGGCUGAUGCGCAGAUUGGCGGCAAAGGAUAUCCGCUUCAGGAGACUGGAUGGACGACCUGAGCAGCAGACGAGACUGCUGGCGGGACGUCUGCGAGAGCUGCGCAGCCUCCGUGGACAGAAGAAGGAUGAGGGCGAGGAGGAGGAAUACAUGUGA